UCGAAUAAAAUUGAAAUGACUGAACCAAAUGAAAUUGAAAUGAUUGAACCAAAUGAAAUUGAAAUGAUUGAAUCAAACGAGAUUGAAGUGAUUGAAUUGAAUUCUAAUAAAGAUAUACCGAUUACUGGAAGUGCUGAAUUGAAUAUAAGCAAUAGUGAGAAAACUGUAAAUCUGAGGACUGAGAUUACAAGAACUGAAUUUAAUAUGAUUGCAAAAGUAGAGGACAAUAUGUCGGAGAAGUCCAUAAACUUAAAUAGACUAGGCGAUUUAAACGUCGCUGUUUGUGCAGAGGGCUUUGAUGACGCUGUGGAGGAGCGUAUUAUCAAUGAAGAAUAUAAAAUAUGGAAGAAGAAUACGCCGUUUUUGUACGAUCUUGUGAUGACACAUGCCCUGGAGUGGCCCUCUUUAACGGCUCAGUGGCUGCCCGACGUCACCAGACCAGAAGGAAAAGAUUAUUCGAUUCACAGGUUAAUCCUGGGCACUCAUACCUCGGACGAACAGAAUCACUUGCUCAUCGCUAGUGUCCAACUGCCGAACGAAGAUGCGCAAUUUGACGCCUCCCACUACGACAACGAGAAGGGUGAAUUUGGUGGAUUUGGUUCUGUGAGCGGCAAAAUCGAGAUCGAGAUCAAGAUCAAUCAUGAGGGCGAGGUCAACAGGGCACGUUUCAUGCCGCAAAAUCCGUGCGUGAUUGCGACGAAGACUCCCUCGAGCGAUGUGCUCGUGUUUGAUUAUACCAAACAUCCCAGUAAACCUGAUCCUAAUGGGGAAUGUCAUCCGGAUUUAAGAUUGCGAGGACACCAAAAGGAAGGCUAUGGUUUGUCAUGGAACCCAAACCUCAAUGGAUAUUUGCUUAGCGCGUCUGACGAUCACACAAUUUGUUUAUGGGAUAUCAACGCCACACCAAAGGAGAAUCGCGUUAUUGAUGCGAAAACUAUCUUUACGGGACAUACGGCUGUGGUUGAGGAUGUCGCUUGGCAUCUAUUACAUGAAUCCUUGUUUGGUUCUGUCGCUGAUGAUCAAAAACUCAUGAUCUGGGACACUAGAUGCAACAAUACCAGUAAACCAAGUCAUACUGUUGAUGCUCACACUGCUGAAGUAAACUGCCUGAGUUUCAAUCCGUAUUCCGAAUUCAUCCUGGCCACUGGCAGUGCGGAUAAGACUGUAGCGCUUUGGGAUCUGCGAAAUCUUAAGUUGAAGUUGCAUUCAUUCGAGUCGCACAAAGAUGAGAUUUUCCAGGUUCAAUGGUCACCACAUAAUGAAACGAUAUUGGCAAGCAGUGGUACAGACAGACGGUUACAUGUCUGGGAUCUUAGCAAGAUUGGCGAAGAACAGUCUAGCGAAGAUGCCGAGGAUGGACCACCCGAACUUUUGUUUAUACAUGGAGGUCAUACCGCAAAAAUCAGCGACUUUUCGUGGAAUCCGAACGAACCAUGGGUCAUAUGCUCAGUAUCGGAGGACAACAUAAUGCAAGUGUGGCAAAUGGCGGAGAAUAUUUACAAUGAUGAGGAACCCGAAACACCUGGAAGCGAGAUCGAAACUGGCGGAUCAUAACGUGAAAUAUAAUUUCAUUAAAUUGUUUUAUGAGCUACAGCCCCCCCCCCCCGACUGAAGAUUAUAAGCGCAGCCCUAGUUGCGCCACAUUGUUGAACAUCUUGGUGUAACGAGCUCGAAGACAUUCCUUUUCACCGAGAAACAAUAAUUUUUACUUUUUAAUCACUCGUACAAUUUAAAUAGAAAAUGUAAAUAAGAAACGUGAAAAAUUUCAUUAUACCACGUUUUCGACGAAUGCAUUGCGGAGCUGAAUGUAUAUCACUUUAUCGGACCUGACUAAACGUGUUUUACAUCUUUUCGAAAUUUUGGAGGAAAUUAAGAAUCACUUCGGAAAAUUCGUGGUGAGUAUUUAUUGUUGUUUCACGGUGAUGAAAUUGGCUAUGUUAAUGAUGAAAAUAAACUAGCUGGCUGUAACGAAAUAACUGCUAGUUAGGAUCCAUCCUCGUACGAAGGCACUAUUUCUCUGUCACAGUGAAAGAGAGAGCUCAAAUAAGACUAGGGGAUGCCAAGUACUUUUCUACUUCGUUUUAAGCGUGAAUAAAGAAAUGAUGCAAAC